AUAGUCUUUUCUAAGAAGCAUUUGAGAGAAUAUAUUAUCACUCGAUCAAAAGCAUAGAAGAAACAAAAGGAAUAUAAUAAGAAGGGUUGCUUACAAUGGCGGAUUUGAAGGACGAACGAGGAAACCCAAUCCAUCUAACCGAUGAACAUGGGAAUCCGGUACAGCUCACUGAUGAGUUCGGUAACCCGGUGCACCUAACCGGAGUCGCCAGCUCUACUCCUCAUCCUCAUUACAAAGAGAGUAUUACCGGCGACGUCAUUGCGGAACACCCAACGUCCGCGGCAGGGGUCACCGGUGCAACUGUCACCGGUGCAACUGCCGCCACAGCAGCAGGUACUGGUGCCAUUGCCACGGAGCAGCAACACCAUGGCUCGCUUGGAGAGCAACUUAGGCGGUCCGGAAGUUCAUCCAGCUCUAGCUCGGAGGACGAUGGACAAGGAGGGAGGAGAAAGAAGACAAUAAAAGAGAAAAUCAAAGAGAAGUUCAGCAGCGGCAAGCACAAGGACGACCAAACACCCACCACCGCCACAACCACCGGACCCACUGGAGCGGCGGCUGAACAACCGCAUGAGAAGAAGGGUCUUCUUGAGAAGAUCAAGGAUAAACUUCCCGGCCACCACAACCACCACAACCACCCAUGAAACACUCUAUAUAUUUAGACGAAUCACUUCACAUUGUCUUUGUAUAUAACAGCGUUAAGUUUGGUCGUUUCAGUUUCAUGAAUAAGUCGCUAGCUCGCUUGAAUUUCAUUAGGGCUUUUAUAUCAAUUAUGUCGUCUACUUAAAUGUUUUAUUCGCUUCUAGUUAAUUUGAUGGGUUUUCAGUUUGUGUGAA